CUGUUUCAUUAGUCAACUAGUGGAUAUCCUACUCACAUGACAUAUAGACACCAUUUCGGAACGUCAAAAUUAUUGUUUUCCAAGUUUUUUGACUCAUAGUCCGAAUUCGAUUGCCAGAAUUAAAGUGAUCUUGUGUAAGCCGUAUCAAGUGAAAAUAAUAAUUUCAAUUCAAAGUAAUUACGUAAUCAAACGAGGGUAGUUAGAUUACGUCAUUUAAAACGAAAUAUAGUUGAAUCCGUAAUUAAGUUUUGGGAAAAUUGAUGGUUAAAAAACAUUUUGAUUAAUACCAACACAAAAUCUCAAAAUAAGCACGAUUACAAGACGAAGUGUGUGUGGAAAGUAUUGUGGAACUACUUCAUCAUCUGCCAACAUUUCUUUCUCCAGUUUUCGGCAAUCACUUACUUCUAAUGUUAAUUUCCUGAAACGACGAUUCUCAUCUGGUGAUUUGAGUUCAGAACUUGAUGAUGAACCAGACACUGAUCCAGGGGUGGCCUCCAUGGUACGGCAUAAUUCAUCAACUCCAUAUCAAGGUACUCCUGAUCGUCCGUUGCUAACCCAACCAACAGCUGCUCCACCACCUGUUCAACCACCAGUUCCGGGUGCUCCUCCUUCUACUAGCCACAUUGGUGGAAACAGUGAUCUUAGUCUCAAUCUAAGACAUGGAUCAAGGACAACGAGUGCACCGUCUUCACCAGCUAAAACUCGUGAGAGUCUUUUGCAAAGAGUGCAGAGUCUCACAGGAGCAGCACGUGAUCAGGGUGCAUCAAUACUUGGUGCAGCAGUGAGUGGAUCAAGCCGAGGUACUACUUAUAACAAAGAUCGCUGUUUUACGCUUUUAGUCAUUGAUGAUCAAAAUACUGACUGGAGUAAAUAUUUUCGGGGCCGCAGACUCCAUGGUGAUUACGAGAUUCGUGUGGAACAAGCUGAAUUUCGAGAACUGUCUCUUACAGGAAACGAAGCUGGAACAAUGGUUUCUAUGGCUGUUUUUCGAAACGGUUCCAAAGUUAUGAGGUGUUUCAAACCGGACUUUGCUUUAAUACGUCAAAAUCUUCGUGACGCUGGCGAGGAUUACCGAAGUAUUCUACUUGGCCUUAUGUAUGGAGGCGUUUCAAGUGUUAAUAAUCUAAUGGCUAUUUACAACUUUCAGGAUAAGCCUUGGGUAUUCGCACACUUAAUUGGCCUCCAAAGACGCCUUGGAAAAGACAAUUUUCCGCUCAUAGAGCAAACUUUUUAUCCUAAUCAUCAAGAAAUGCUAUCCGCACCUCGAUAUCCAGCGGUAGUAAAACUAGGCCAUGCGCAUGGAGGUAUUGGGAAAGCUCGAGCAGAAAAUAAUCAAGAGUUCAUAGAUCUGGCAUCAUUUGCAGCGUUGACAACUACCUACUGUACAGCUGAGCCAUACAUUGAUACUAAAUACGACGUUCAUGUUCAAAAAAUCGGCAAUAAUUACAAAGCAUUCAUGCGGAAAAGCAUUAGUGGCAACUGGAAAUCGAACGUCGGAUCAGCAAUGUUAGAACAGUUAGCAGUUACGGAGAGACAUCGAUCUUGGAUUGAUUAUGUGGCUCAGCUAUUUGGUGGUUUAGAUAUCUGCGCGAUUGAACUGUUAGUAGGUAAAGACGGGCGAGAAUAUAUUAUUGAAGUGAAUGAUAGUGCAUUAUCUUUAAUGGGAGAUUCACAAGAAGAGGAUAGACGUCACAUAGCUGACUUGGUCACUGCAAAAAUGCAACUAUGUUGCAAGCCUCAUAGUGUUUUGACAAAAACUUCAUCGAGAGGUUCAAUGUCUGGAGCAAGUCAAGCAGUUAGUCCAAUCGAAGAUCGUGGACCACCACCUGGUCUAGCACCGAUUUUCGGCUCACAUGGUUCGAUGAGCUCCAUAACUAGUACAAGCAGUGUAGGUUCCAUGGGCACGAUUCCUGCAAACAUACCAGUGGCAAAUGAUAUCAAUACAUCAGAUAAUCAUCUUCUACAGAGAAGCGAUUCCCAAGUAUCCCAGUCAAGCACAGCGACUAAUGUGUCAUCUACAGGCCGCCGUUCCGAUGAACCACCACCAUUACCACCAUCAAGAAUUUCGUUUCAUCGUCAAGGAAGUCAGUCUCAAGCCACACUGGGUGAAGACUCUGAAGAUACGAUGAAAAAUCUUCGAAAAACUUUUGCGGGUAUAUUUGGUGAAAUGUAAACAUGGAAUAUCAAAUGAACAAAGCAAAUACGACUAUAAUAUUAUCAUUGUUGCAAUACUUACAUUUUUUUUGUAACAUUAUGAAUUAAUAACAGUUAAUAUUUCAAAUUAAUAAAAAUAACAAUAACUACAAUGUAGCGUUAUAUUAUCGUUUGUUGAAUACUUAGUGAAAAUGAAUAUUAGAGCAAUCUUGCAAGACUGAGACAAAAGCACAGUUAAAGUUUUUCUAGCCGUAAUUUUGUGCUUUUCUAUCAUAUUGAUUAGUUAAAUUUACUUAGCCUUUUAUCUUGUUGAGAUGAAUCAUUAUGAUACAACAUAUA